AUGGCUACCACCAUUCCAUCCCUUUGCAAAGUCGAUGCCGGCUUACAAAAUUACGAGAAUCUGGCAAAAACUGGCAGUGUUGUUGAUCUUUACUUCAACGAAAAAUCCAAAUCAAGCUACUCGAGAAGCGCUCUGAGCGACUAUUCCAACACCCUUCAGCUUGCUGGGGGGGAAUACAUAUGCUAUCAGCUCUCAGCUGAGUACUCUGUACUAUCAUUGUACUCUUUGGGUGAUGCUUCUGCUGGUAGAACUUUGAAAGCCCAUCUUCCACAGCAGCUUUUCCAUAUGCAUCACACCUUUACCAUCAGGGAAAACGGGAAUCUCUUGGUGAUAGAGAUGAUCUUAAGCGAUGGCUUAUACCUUAUUGUUAGUUUGCCCGUGAAUUGCCUACUUGAUAGAAUCACCGACAUUCCUGAGAAUUGGUUUGUGGCGGUGAAUCCGUACGAUUUCACGGUAAGAAAACCCCAGUACGUUCAUUCCGUUUCAGAGGACUUAACGGUCGUUUUCCUUGAGGAUGGUGGUCUCUUGGGCCUAAGGAGAAGGUUGAACGAGAAAGGUCAACUCGAUAUGGCGCCAAUAUUGUUCAAUGACAACAGUUACUUGCUAGGUUUGAGCAGACUUUUCUUUUCUAAAGAGAAAACCUCGCAAGAUAGUAACGUUGUUAGCUGUCUUCUAUACCGAGAGCGGUUUCUGAUUACCUUAACUCAGGGUUGCAGGCUAAAAAUAUGGGAUCUCGAAAGGCAAGCUGUGAUAUUUGAGAAGCACCUUGCAUCCGAGCAAAAAAAUGUUAACAGGAUGUAUGAAACAUUAGGACAGUUUCUCUCCCUAUUUGAAGACAAGCUUGCAAUAUUUCUGCCAUUUGAAAAUGGCCUCUUUCAGCUAUGGGAUUUGCGGUUAGACAGCAACGGUGGGCUGCUGUUGAGUCCCGGUAGCAUUUACCCUUGCAACCUCACAUCAUCUGCCAUUUGGUCACUAGUGGAUAUGAAGCUUACCAAGCCUCUUGAAGGUUUAGGGCAAAAUGGCUUCGUCAACAUCGUGGUACUUUGGAAAAGUAAUAGGAUUAUGAAAUUGCAAGUCUUGAAUAUUUUAGAGAACAACCUGCCGAUGCAUCAAUGGCUGGAUGCUACGAAUCAGUCGAUCGGUGACCUUCGUACGGAUCUUUCCUUCGAAAGUGACUUCAACGCAGCUGACAGGCUAUUGAUUCUCAAGUCUUCCUACAACUCGGAGCUUUUGAAGCAAGCUGAAAAAGUGCUAGGGGAAAACCAAGUACUGAUUUCUCCUAACCAAAGUGAAAACGAUGAAUAUUUUCUCAAUCUAGAGUCAGUUCUGAAAGAUCUAAAGAAACAAAACGAUGAGCCAUCUUCCCUCACACUUUAUCAAAAUGGUAUAAUUCUCGUCAAUUCACUGUCUCUGUAUUCUCAUGCUCUCUACAGAGUGACCACAUCACUAGAAAGCAGCUAUUACAGCCUGAGAAAGGAGGAAAACUCAGGUGACGCUUUAAACAGAUUUCUAGGAACAGUCGAGGGUUUUGCAGCAACACUGCCGACGCAUGUUCUUACAAACAUAUCAUCUGCUUUGGUGGAGGCUGUGACUUCUCAUUUCCCACAUCAAAUACCCCUCAAAGAAGUGUUUUCGAGCUUGUUUUCGCAACAUUUAGCAGGCUCGUUUCACAUCGCUAACCUAAAAAAACUAUUUGAAGAUCUGAAUCAGUUUGAUGUAACAGUUGUCUUGCAAAGUUUUUUUGAUAACAUGCUGCAGCGGUCUGAACUAGAUCACGCCUUGGUUGAUUCUGUUUAUCCGAACUCACUCAUGAACGUGGCUAUUCUGGAAAGCACUCAUCAGGCCGUUCUGAUUCAAAAUUCUUUUAUUUGCAAAAUCGCUCUGAUCUUUGCGUUCAUGGAAUUCGAAAACACGACCCUCCAAUUGCGCUUCCAAGAGCAACUAGAAACCUUGCUAGAAUUUCACUACAAGCAGCAGUUGUGGAUUCAACUUUACCGAUUGGACAAAAAUCUUUUGGCGUCUGAAAUGUUGGCCAGAACCAGCAAGUUUGGAAAAGGUCACAGAAUCAGUUCAUAUGCCGAGUGGUCUUCGGCUCAGGCAGUCAUCCUCAAAGAGCUCUACAGCAUGGCUGUUUCUCCUAAUCCUCUUUUUAUCGAGAGUUUUGAUGCGUUCAUAGUCUCAGGAACACGCAGCUCUCAAAUGAGUAUUCUCUUUUUGACCACAAUCCAAAAAAGCUUUUAUAUCCAUUCUAAUGUUGCACACGAGUUUAUGUUGGGGCUGGCAUUUUUCGUUUGUGGGGUGUAUGAUCAAGCUUUCGAGUUUCUUAAAAAACACCCUUAUCCCGAUGCUCUACCCAAAGAGAUGCCGGAUCGUCUUUUCAUGCCACUUCAGAAAGAUGGUCAUCUAUGGCGCGACGUUGUUGGCUCUUUCAAAUUGCCCAACAAGCAUGCGGCGUAUUAUUUCCAUCUCUCAAAGCUUUUCUCGAUUGCAAAGAGCUAUGAUUACGCCCUAAGGUGUGCCAAAAAGUCGAUCAAAUUGUCUGCUGAAAAUACGAAUGAGGAAGACACACAAGAUGUCAAAAGUGCUCAACUUUUACAAUACCUUGACAUUCUUAUUGUAUUUUGUGAUUACGAAGAGAUUCUUGACGUUCUUCGGUGCAGCCCAGAUAUAAACCCAGAAAGCGUGAAAGCAUCUUACUAUGGAAGGUUAGUAUCAAGCCAUAUGCAUAAGGAAGCAUUUUUGUCUACGCUGCUGAACCUUUGUGCCAAAUCAGAAGGACUUUACUUGACAACUCAAGAUUAUAACCUGAUAGACAAGAUAUUACGUCAGGAUAUUGCAACAGGUAGUUGGAUAGCUUUCAAGAGAGUCUAUGCUUUCAGGUUAGUUAAUGGCCAGGCCCGUUCUGCUGCUGAGGCGUUGUAUGACUAUGUCAUUGUCGGUGAUGAUAAGGAUAUCAAAAAAAGAUGUUUGCUACUUAUCGUUAACAUCAUGAAUACGUUUUCAGCCAAAAAAGACAGAUGGUUCAUCGCAGGCGGCCAAUUGAUUACAAUUGAUUACUUGAGGCAAGGACUAGAUAAACUAGACAACCACAAAACGAACGUAUCCGCUCAUUAG